AUGCCUAGCUUCAAUCUCACCGUCUCCAUUGACAAGGCCAUCCUCAACACCCAAUCCAGUGACAAGCUCGUCAUCGCCCGCAAGGUCAAUGGGUCCCUAAACACAGUCUUUGAUGGCUACAGCAUUGCCGCCAGCAGUGACUGGAAGAAGCUUCUCUCCACCACUGAGUUCAAGUGGACCGAGAACUUCAAGGUCUUCCUUGUCAGCAGCGUUAACCCAGGCGACCCUAUAAUUGCCAGCACCAACGAGGUGGAGAUCUCACCCAACUAUCUCACCACCUAUGACAAGAAUCAGCUCUCGAACCCCGAGAAUCAGGCAGCUGGUACUUUUGCAAAGCCUGGUUCUUUUGGUAUCGCCCAAGUUCCUAUGGAGCUGUAUGCUGCUGUUAAGAAGUCGACUGCUGGCGGGGCUUGGUCAACUAUCUAUGUUGAUCGUGACAGCCACGUCGGCAAGACCAAGAUCACUCUUCAGCCGCAGAACGAGUACCUUCUCAUGUGGAAGAACGAGGUCUCUACCGAGACCAUUUGGGUUCUCGCUGAGACCGACGGACAGAUGGUUGUUUUCGCCAAUGGUGAGACCACCAAGAUGAUCCGCUAUGGAUAUGCUAAGCCUGAUGCUCCCACCCCAGAUGAGGAGCCUACUUGGUACUAG